AUGUCGACGGCGCGAAAGGGUCUGUCAUUUUCUUUGGCCAAAUGUCCCAGCGGACGCUGCGAAAAGAGUCGCCGACAAAAGAGACGUAAGAUUGAAAUGCCCGCUGCCCGACCACUUCGCGUCAACGCAAAAAUGACUUUUGAAGAGCACUGGGUUAGAUCUCAGGUGUGGCAGAUUGCACUUAAUUAUCUCCCCCAACUUGGAGAGUCCAAGCAAGCGAGGACUUCCAGGAAGCACAACACAUCCUACUGGCUAGGGACUCAGUCGUUUAUGAUCAUGGUCCAAUCCGCUUGUCGCAGGAAAGGAAAAUACCGCCAGCCAAAGCGAGUGCAAGUCCAUGAUGAAGAAGGCUGGACUCAUAUCACGACUACCCAACGAACGACAUCAAACCAGCUCUGCCUACCUCCCAUCAAAGACCUAUUAGUUCCAGCCGAAACCCCUGAUGGUUUGACUUUCAAGAAACUGAAGAAGCAGUUUCAAUGGCACAAAAGAUGUUGGGAGGAGUCACAGAGCUGGCAGGCUAUCAAGGCGGCCUUGGACAAUGGUCUUUUAGCGGGCGCUGCUAGCAGAAUCGACAACUGCGUCUGCGUUGGUUUGGGGAGCCCCAGCGGAUUCCUAAGAGGCGGGUGGGUUGACCGCAGGGCUGUAUCCCUAUACCAACUUGCGGCAUUAGUGACAAUGCUAGAAUAUUUUGCCAACGAAAAUAUUCUAUUGACUUCCGUCAAAGACUGUUCUGCCCAGGAUCCCGUUUUCAACACACUGGAUAAACAGCUGCUCGAAUCCACUGGCAUCCGCGUCGUCGAGCACCCCGUGGCCUUUACUCUAAUAAACGAUCGCACAUUCCUAUACUCACCCGGUGCGGAAAGAGUUCACCUCCUAGAUAUGCUGGCGUCGAACCCUACCCUUUUUUUUGGUGGCCCGCUGGACGAUGGGACUUUAGUUGGACUGCGCGAUGACAAUAAAGGAGUCCUGUCAGGAUUCCUGGAUACGAGACGGUCAAUGUCACUUCCGCCCUUCGACCCGAAUAUAAACGCUUUUUGGAAAUCAAGCUUGUUUUGGAGACCCGGGGACACCUGA